AUGACUCCCCACUCUUACUAUCCUGUGGGACUAGAAAUCCCCAGCUACGUUCCUAACAAAUGGAGCACCCUAGUGUUGGUAUCAACAUUCGCUGUUACGUGCAUUAUCGUCCUAACAGCUGCCAAAACCAUCGCAACGAAUGCGAACCCUCGCAUAACGGUCCCUGAAUUGUCCAAAGUUCUUUGGUUCACACUAUGCGGUUGCAUUCAUCUCAUCCUUGAGGGAUACUAUGCCAUAAGCUUUGCCACCCUUCCAGGCUCCCAAAACCUCCUCGCGCAACUCUGGAAAGAGUAUUCUAUGUCUGAUUCGCGGUAUCUCACUUCGCACGCCUUUGUCAUGUCCAUGGAGUCCAUUACCGCCUGGUGCUGGGGCCCAUUAUCCUUCGUCCUUGCAUAUUUCAUCGUCGCGGAGAAUCCAUUCCGACACCCGCUGCAGAUAAUCAUCUCCACUGGGCAACUUUACGGGGAUGUACUGUACUAUGGGACCUGUGCGUUUGACUUUCUGGUGUAUGGGGUUGAGUACUCAAGGCCCGAAGGGUAUUACUUUUAUGGGUAUUUCGUGUUGUUGAAUGGGUUCUGGAUUGUGAUUCCAGCUUUGCUUAUUGCUGACAGUGUGAGAGCCUGUGGGGCAGUUUUCGCUGAGGCCAAAAGAAGUAGGACAGUCGGCUUGAAUGGAAAUGCGAAGAAAAAUGCUUGA